GAUCCAAAAAUUUGAUACAUUAUUAGAGGACUCGUCGGUCAAUAAGAAAGAACUUUACGAACAGAUUCUCGAAACUCAUUCAAAAUUUAGCGAUUCUGCGGACAUAAUGUGGAGGACAGCAAAAGUAACGCAUUUAUACGGAAUCUUAGCUCAAAAGGAAUCCAAUAAAGAAUUAAUGAAAAGUUUAGCGUUUGAAACAUUAGAUUAUGCGAAGAAAGCCAUCGAAUUAGACGCUAAUAAUCCUGAAUGUCAUAAAUGGUAUGCGAUAGCCAUCGGAUCGCUCAGUGAUUUCAUUACCACCAAAGAGAAGAUCGCGAAUGGAAACCAAUUUAAGAAACAUUUAGACAUUGCAUUGGGUUUGAAGCCAAAGGACCCGUCGCUGCACCACAUGUUGGGCCGCUUUUGCUACGAAGUGUCGCACCUGAGUUGGGUCGAGCGGAAGGUGGCGUCCGCUCUGUUCUCGAAAGUUCCCGAGUCUUCGUUCGACGAUUCGUUGAGUCAUUUCCGAAAAGCGUAUGAUUUGAGACCCGAAUGGAAAGAGAAUAUUCUGUUUAUAUCGAAGAUUCUGAUGAGUCAGAAGAAGUAUAGCGAAGCCAUUCAAUGGAUAGACAGGGGGUUAGCCAUGAAAAGUGUCGGCGAAGACGAUGUGAUAGCUCACCAACAGUUAGAUUUACUUAAUUCUAAAGCUUCUAAAUAUAAAUAACAAUUUGUUAUAGUUUUAGU